AUGUAUUUGCUGGCCGUGACCCUGAUCAUGCGCUUCCAUCACCUUGGCUUCAAGUGUGAGAACCCCACCAUCUUCUCUGAUCCGGAUCCGAACCGGAGGAUGAGGUCGUUCAUCUCAUUCUCCUCCCAAUUUCUGGCCUCUGCGAGUCGAUCCAGCUUUCUUCUUCACCUCGUCGGCGCCGUGCUGGUUCCUGAUGCUGCUAGCAAAGAUAUCACUCUCCAUUCAAGUAAGCUCUUCAGACUCUAGGCAUCACAAGCCACCGUCUUAUUUGUCUUGAAUCCCGGGCCCCUCACUGCAUCCACUGCAGCUGAUAGAUAGUGA